AUGCUCGGCAUGCGCAAGGGGGUGGUCACGGGGCGAACUCCCAAGCUCGAUCGCAAGACCACCAAAUCCCACCAGGUUGUGGAAGACAAGUACCGAGCCAAGACAGCAUCCGUGUCAGGGGAAACCACCGGACCACUUCACACAGAAGAUGAAGAGUACAUGAAGAGUGUGAUUGACAAACUGGAGCAAGACCUUGCCCGUCGACAGGAAAGUUACGUUCGACGAGAACGUCAGUACCAAGUGCGCAUUGAAGAGCUCGAGCGCAUGGUGUCGGAUUCCAGGGCCAAGAAAGCCUCGUCAGUGUCCCACGAAGACACCAUGACGUCCCUGCGGGGAUUGCACAAGAGCAUUCUUGGGAGCAUCUCGCAAGUACAAGAGCGAACGGGCAAGAUCUUGCAAGAGCAGGAAAAGGACUUGUUGCGGGCGUUUCGGGCGCGGCUGUACAGCGUCCAGGAGGAGCUCGAAACGGAGAAGAACAAGACGGACGACGGCGCGUCCGCUUGGAUUGACAAGAGCAAGCAGCUCGAGACCGAAGUCGAAUGGACCAAGGAGAUGGCGGAUCGACUGGACCGGCUCAACCAAAGCCUCACGCGGGAAAAUCAGCGCCUAAAAACCCAAUUCUCGAUGCAAGAAAACGACCGCGAGUUUCUCGUGCGCCAGCUCGUGACGGUGAAAAAGGACAACGUCCGAUUGCGCAAAGAGCUCGCGGACGCCGUGAAAGAAGCCGAACGCACACGAGAAGAAGCCUCCAUCCAGCUGGAAGAGCUCGAGUUCGCCCCUCGCAACGGGCGACAGCAGCAGCCCCCUCGAAAGCAACCCCCCCACGCCUUAGGGUCGAAAAUGCCAAGUGUGGUCAAGCGCGCGCCGUCCACUCCCGCCUUACCCGGCACCACCACCUUUGCUCCAUCACUCCCAGAGGUGGACAAUCGUUACAAAGAAAUCAUCAAGCGGUUGAAACGCGUGCUGGAAGUGGAGCGACGCAACCUGCGCCAAGUGCGCAACGCGUACACGACCGACUUGCAGACCCACACGGAGCUCUCGAUCUUCGUCAAGCAGUGCAUCGAAGACGUUAAGGGGCAGCUCCACACACACACACACGACGCGACUCCUUCGUCCACCGCAAUUCCAUCAACUGCCAAUACCAUCUCGGUGCUCGGCACGACAUUUGCCGCCUCCGAUCGGCAAAAAGUCAUCGACCUCCUGUUGUCCCAAGAGCGGGUACUCGGGUUGCUCUACGCCAAAGCGUUCCCGCUGCCCGGGAGUAGUGCCGCCGCGCAUGCCGCCGACGCGGCCGACGGAAUGACCAAGGACGACAUUCGCGACAUAUUUAACGAAGCCCACCAACUUGACGGGGGCUACAACCUCCACCAUCCAUCCUCCCGACACCACCAAGACGAGAAUGAGUUUGAAGGCGACGAUGAUGGACGUCCACGCCACCAAGACUCCGUCGACCCCCGACACUGA